GAAACGUGUGAUAACCGAUAUUAUUACAUACCAGUAGAUAACAGUAUUACAUACCAGCACAUAAUUGUAAUACAUACCAUAACCUUUGGAUAACUGUAUACCAGUGGACAAUGGUAUUACAUAUAAGAGGAUAAAUGUAUUUCACACCUGUAGAAACUGUAUUAUUUACCAGUGGAUAACUGUAUUACAUACCAUAACCAUUGGAUAACUAUAUACCAAUAGAUAACUGUAUUACAUACCAGUGGAUAACUCAGUAUUACAUAUCAGCAGAUAACGAUUACUCAUCCAUAAUGGAAAGAACAACCUUGGUGCUGUUUUUUCUUGCUGUAUGUUUCAUGAAUGUGAAAGGAUUAUUGGUAAACCAAUCAUGGGCUGAAGAGCUACAUGAGAUCAAAUACAACAAAACAAGUGAAAACUCUGUGCUCCAAAAUCAUCAGUGUCAGGAGUGCAACUGUAGCUUGGAAAUUGCAGACUGUAGUGCUAGGAACAUAGAUUCGCUACCUUUGGAUCUCCCAGGAAAUAUAACAAUGCUGAAUUUAUCGAGAAAUGAUAUCAAAAACCUAACCAACUUUUUCAUCGGUAGAGAUUAUAAAGACUUACAGAGUUUGGACAUAACAUACAACUCCCCAGUGUUGCAUCUGCAUGAAAAUGUAUUUGAAGGACUUGACAAACUGCAGAAACUUUACAUUGGAAAAUUUGCAAUUGUACAUCCUCUUGUAUUCAAACCUUUAAAGGAGAUACGAAUCAUUGAGGUGAAAGGAGAUGGUAGCCGCCUGUCAAUUUUUUCUGUUGCAAGAGAUGCUUGGCUCAGAGCACUUAGAGGACUACAAAAUUCAACCAUUGAGAAAAUAACUUACGAACACAUAUCAUCAAUACCAUUUAUAUUAAGAAAAAAACAUUUCAAAUAUUUUACAAAUUGCCAAUUAAAAGAAUUAUAUUUACCCCAUAAUAUGAUAUCUGCAAUAGAAUCAGGCUUUCUAAACUAUCUCCCAAUGCUGGAAAUACUAGAUUUAUCCAGAAACAUGAUAGCCACACUCAUUCCUGUUUCAGUUACUUUUAAUAUGAUUCAGUUAUUUAAAAUGACUCAUUUGAGGGUAUUAAGGUUAGAUGAUAUGAACAAUAGGGUUGUUAAAGACCUUAACCGUCCUCAUAUCGAAAAAUGUGUAGAUACAGAAUGGCCCUUACCAAUGGGACUUGAGGAACUCAAUUUUAAGUGGGCUUCAUUUGAUGAUCAACCAGCAUCAUUUCCCUGUGAACUUAAGGUCCAACCAGAAAACAAGCUAAAGGUUCUUAAUGCUGCUUACACAAAUGCUGUGAUCUACUUUGGGGGUCCUUUGAAAGGAUUGGUAAAUCUACAGCAUUUAAUUUACAACAACAAUGAUUGUAAAAUUGAACCUGAUUUUUUCACAUGUGCAAGUGGCUAUUUUGAAAGUUUACAAGUUCUAGAUUUAGCCUACAACAAAGUCUUAUUGACGAAAUCAAGCUUGAAUUUUUCUCUCUUUGAGAACUGUUCCAAGUUGGUACAUUUAGACCUAUCAUACAAUAACUUGGCAGACAUUCCUUCUGAUAUGCUAAAGGACGCAUCUUCCAUAGAGACUGUGAACCUAAGUGGAAACAAGCUGGUCAAAUUUAAUUUAGACUUAAAUGCACAAAUCUCCCUGGAAUUGCUGAACUUAUCAAAUAACAAACUUCAUGGCCUCAUUGAAGCUGCCAGAAAUAGUAUUGCCAAUUCUGAUGAGAGAUCCAAUGGCAGCCUCACCAUUGACCUUAAUGGCAACCCAUUGAUGUGCACCUGCGAUGCAUUCCCAUUCAUAAAUUGGAUAAAGGAUCACAUGGACGUCAUCUUUCAAGGGUCUGAUCUAGAAUGUCAGUAUAUAAAUGGGUCACAGAUAAAGUUCACACACUUGGAUGUAUCUCACAUGAAGAUUGCGUGUUUGAAGAGUGCUUUUAUAGCAUCUGGGAUAUCAGUGGCAUUCGUUCUGUUGAUCGUUGGAGUUGUUAUUUAUGGAUAUAAGCGAAGGUAUAAGAUUAUUUACAUAGCUUUACAUCUAAGGGCAGCGUUGAGGCGUAACAACUUGCCAGGCAUAGACUAUGACUUUGAUGGUUUCCUAAGCUACAGUUCUUUGGAUAAAACCUGGGCUAUUAAUAACAUCUAUGGUCAGUUAGCUGGUCAGUAUGGAUAUAACAUUUGCGUAGAUGACCGCAACUUCAGACCUGGCACAUAUUUAUCUGAUAUUAUCGUUGAGAGUAUUAGCAAGAGCAACAAAAUCAUACUGGUUAUCAGCCAGAACUUCCUAAGAAGUGGCUGGUGUAAAUUUGAAAUGAAUCUUGCAAGGGGUGAGCUGGCCACAAGAGGACGCGACUGCUUGAUCUUGAUUCUCAAAGAGCCAAAAGAGUUGCUUCCCCAAGAGCUGAUCACACCAACACUGCGCUCUCUACUAGAUACAAGGGUGUACCUGGUGUGGAGUGAAGAAGAGGACAGAAAAUUGCUGUUCUGGAGGAAGCUGCAGGAUGCUCUAGGGGAACCUAGAUUUAAGGGAGAAGAAGAUACUCCCUUUCUCUAUCAGAACAAUGAUGGAGAUGAGGAGAUGCUUCAAAACCUCAUAUGA